AAAAUUAAUGUUUUUUAAUCACACUUAAUCUAUAAAUACAAAGCAAGUCCAUAACAUCACACCUCACCUUCUUUCUCACAUCUCCUUCAUCUUCUUCCCUUCUAAUGGCUCUAAGUGAUGAUCAAAACAUCAAAUAUGAAGAGGAGUUUAUAGUGAAUCAAAGAGAAACAAAGCUCUUUACAUGCAAAUGGAUUCCUGUAAACCAAGAACCAAAAGCCCUUGUUUUCAUUUGCCAUGGUUAUGGCAUGGAGUGUAGCAUUUCAAUGAGAGGCACAGGGACACAGCUUGCAAAAGCUGGUUUUGAAGUUCAUGGAAUGGAUUAUGAAGGCCAUGGAAAGUCAUCUGGAUUGCAAGGAUAUAUACCGAAUUUCGACAACAUUGUCGAUGAUUGUUCGAACUAUUUCAUUAGUAUUUGCGAGAGGUCGGAGAAUAAAAAGAAGAAGAGGUUUCUUCUCGGAGAGUCUAUGGGAGGAGCGGUUGCACUUUUAUUGCAUAGAAAAGAACCUUAUUUUUGGAACGGAGUUGUUCUUGUUGCGCCGAUGUGCAAAAUUUCAGAAGAGAUUAAACCACAUCCUAUUAUAGUGAAUUUUUUGGGGAAGUUGGCUAAUAUAAUUCCAACUUGGAGAAUAACCCCAACACAAGAACUCUUGGAUGUUGCCUUCAAAAAUCCGAAAUUUAGAAACGAGGUGAGGAAUAAUCCUUAUUGUUAUAAAGGAAGACCAAGAUUGAAGAGUGCUCUUGAGCUUCUCCGAGUUAGCUUGGAUAUUGAGAAGAACUUAGACAAGGUCUCAUUGCCAUUCUUGAUAGUACAUGGUGAAGAUGACAAGGUAACAGACCCUUCAACAAGCAAACUGCUCUAUGAAUCAGCCUCUAGCAAGGACAAGACCCUCAAGCUCUAUCCAGGAAUGUGGCAUGCACUCACCUCCGGCGAGCCACCGGAGAACAUCAAUCUCGUAUUUUCUGACAUUGUUUCAUGGCUCGAUGAUAGAGCUAUCAACGUCAGCAAUACUGAUUUAGAAACAAAGCAGAAAUCCAAGAAUGAUAAGCAGUUCUCUCUGUCACAAGACUAGAAUCACAAUUCACAAUACUCAAUUCUCAAUUCUCAUGUUCGGAAAAUAUAUGUCAGAAACUCGAACAAAGUUAUUUAAGAUAGACAGUGAAUAAAAGAACUUUUAUAGAA